UGAAAUCAUUCCGCCCCGUCCCCGAGCUGCCGCACGCUCCUCGUCGCCAGAGGUGCACAGUGCACGCAAGGCUUUGGUCCCCCAGGGGAGGGCACGGCUGGGGCUCGCACGGAGGAGCAGGCAGGGAUGCUGUGAGCCCGCCGGCCACACGCACAUGCUACCCCUGUGCGGGCCGCGAGACUGCGGCGGGCUGAGCUGGAGCAGGAGGGCUGAGUCAGGGGCUGAGUCACGAUUGGGUUCGCCCGCGGGAUGACAUCUAAGGAUGCUUCAGGUGAAGUUAAUAGUAACUGGAGAUGACUUCGGCUAUUGUCCUCGGAGAAACCAAGGCAUUGUGGACUGUUUCCUGGCUGGUGCGGUGUCUAACGUGUCCCUUCUAGUCAACGGAAGUGCUGCAGCAGAUGCAGCCAAGCUGGCAAGGAGAUACAACAUCCCCAUAGGCCUGCAUGCCAACCUCUCCGAGGGCUCCCCUGUGUGUGAGGUGCUCAAGACAAACUCUUCUCUGCUCAACCAAGAUGGAUUCUUCCAUGGAAAAAUGGGAUUCAGAACAGCUCUAUCAAAAGGUCUCCUGAAUAUGUCAGAGGUGAAGCAGGAGCUAAAGGCCCAGGUGGAGCUGUUCCAUGAGCUGACAGGUCACCUGCCUCCUCACAUGGAUGGGCACCAGCACGUCCAUGUUCUCCCAGAGGUCAGGCAUGUGUUUGCAGAAGUGUUAGAGGAAUAUGGGAUUAAGUACACACGUGUCCCCAUAGAGCCAGGCCUUCAUAACUGUGACUGGAUUCCACCAUCCCUGAUGGACUUUUACCUGGGAGUAGAAGAAGAUUCUUUUAACACAGUGGAUGUGUUUACAAAGCAUGGAAUAAGGUGGCCAGACAUCUACAUAGGCCUGAGCACCAUGGGCAGGAACAUGUCUGUCAGCAGCAUCCGCAGCGCCAUCGACAGCGCCGUCCUGCGCCUCUCGGCCGGGGCACCGCGGAGCAGCACCGCGACAAUCGAGCUGAUGGUGCACCCAGGCUACCCCAGUGUCCCCCCCGUCGGUGGCUGUGGGGAAGGACCCGAUGAUUUCUCACAGUCCUGGGAACGCCUCCAUGAACUCCAGACAUUAAUUAAGCCAGAGCUGCAGAGCCAUUAUAAAAGCAGGAACAUUCAGCUGUGCUCAUUCAAAGAUCUUUAAAUAAACAAGCAGACAUCCAUCCAUCCAUCCAUCCAUCCAUCCAUCCAUCCAUCCAUCCAUCCAUCCAUCCAUCCCUCUGAAGACAGGCAGUUGCUAACAUCCAGAGAAGCCAGAUCACUGUUAUCUGUCACAGUCCCUGGUACAACUCACAGGAACAGCCUGGGAGUGGACACCACCACCCUGUCAGCAGCUCCAGGCAGUACCCCAGAGCCCCAGCUGCCAAUUUUAAGGCUACAACACCUGCUCAAAAUGUGCCGAACUCCUCCUGUGACACCCCCUCCACAGUGCCCCAGUGCAGCACACGCUCCCAGGGCUCAGCUCCUGCCAGCAAAGGAGCAGCACAGGGACAGAGUUGGCUGUGAGACACUGCAGCACAGCACCCUGAGGGGUCUGAUCCCUUCUCCUUUCACACUUGAUGGCAAAACAAGAGCCCUGCUGGGGAGCGGGUGCUGCUUUGGAGCACCCACUCAGUGCAGGUCACCCACAGGUGACACCUUCAGCACUGGGUUCUCUGAAAGCAGCCAGUCCCUGCCCCUCCUGUCGUACCUGGUGAGUGCUGCAGGGACACGUCACCCUCAGAGCCUUCCUCUGGUCGGAGCACUCGGGUCACACGUGGCCCAGCAGCCACCUCCCGGGAGCCGCCUCAGCCGGCAGGAAUUGUGUCUGCCUGUUUACCUUGCCUCUUGGUGUUAAGCCCCCACUAGGAAAAUAACAUCAGCUGUAGCCCUUCUGGAGAGGCUUCUAAUUUUUUGGAUGACUUUGCAGGAGCAGCAACUGUUGACCCAUCUUCUAUUUCAGUAACUGCUGUGUACGAGAGCAGCAGCAACUGGUCCUGCACCACCCACUGCCCCUCAGGACAACCACGAGCAGGGCUGUGAGCGGAGAAGGUCCCUGUGUUUGUCCCUUUUAUUCCUGUCACCAGAGCACUCAAAGUCCAACAAGUCCCAGUAGUGCUGUUAUGUUCUGAACUGCAGCCCUGUCAUUCCUGUAAGGACUUUCACAUGGGGAAAAAUUCUCUGCACAAGAGUGAUCUAUUUAACAUAAUUGGUUUUGCUAACCGUAUUUUUUAAUAUAAAAAAUAUCAGUAUCAUCAUUAUUCUUUUAAAUAAAAAAUAAACUCAGACCUUUUCUAUUGCAAA